CUGGAAUUCCCACGUUUCUGGUAGAAAAUGAAAGCAGCACAUACUAUUUGUCUCCAUUCACUCCCAGUUAUGUCAUUUAACUGUCAUGGCUGUCCCCAUCGCACUCAUUCAAGGGGCCAGUAGAGGACUGGGGCUUGAAUUUUGCAAACAUAUCUUGAAAAGUAAAACCCCCGCUGGCGUUAUAGCGACAUGCCGAAACCCGGACGGAGCGGCCGAGCUAAGGGGCCUGGUCGGUCAACACCCGGGCAGGCUGACGGUGCUCCAGCUGGACGUGAACCGGGAGGAGGACAUCCGUGAAGCUGCUGGGCGGGUGAAGGAGAGCUUCGGUCGGCUGGAUCUGAUAGUCAACUCCUCGGCUAUGCUUCACCCCUCCGGAAAAGGAGAGACCAGCCUGAGGGAUGUUUCUGCUCAGGGGAUCAUUUCGACCUUGACGACCAACACAGUGGGUCCACUGGUCAUGGCCAAGUAUUUUGCUCCCCUCCUACAAAAGGGCGGAGGUGGUUUCGGUCAGAAGCCUGCAGAGAAAGCCAAACAGCACAGCGGCAUCAUCGUCAACAUCACUGCCAAAGUGGGAUCCAUUGGUGAUAAUGGUCUUGGUGGUUGGUACAGCUACAGAAUGUCUAAAGCAGCUCUCAACAUGGCUACCAGGAAUCUAUCUAUAGAGCUGGGCCGCAGUCGACCAAAGGUGGUGUGUGUCUCCUUACACCCAGGAACGGUCAACACAGACCUCUCUCGGCCGUAUCACAAGAACGUACCAAAGGACAGGUUGUUCAGUACCGAACACUCGGUGAACUGUCUGAUGAGCAUCAUAGAAACACUGAAUAUCGAAAAGACCGGCAAGGCCUACAACUGGGAUGGGACCGAACUGCCCUGGUAGAAUCAAUGAAUGCACGACAGAGAGAGAGAGAGAGAGAGAUUUAUAACUUUUUGAUGUUAAAUCUCUCAAUAGCGUAUGGACCUAGCAAUAAAAGUUGGACUUUACACUGAAAAGUCAACAGAAUUAAAGCUAGUACUGUACAGGAGGUUCCUGGUGGAGUCUAAAUAGAUGGAGUCAAGCCUCUUCCACUACCUCACGACCAGCCGAAGUGCUUAAAUCACAUCUAACAUUAAUGUUGUAAAUAAUGCCAUCACAUAAAGGCCUCAAUAUGUGGCCUUAAAACUUGAUGCAAUUGGAACUAUACAAAUGGUCUAAUAUAGUUUGGUGAGGGCUCAUUUGGGGGAUAAUAAUAAUGUAAUAUCUAUAAUUGAGGGGUUUUUGCAGUGUCAGUUAAUAUCACAAUGUCAAGUGUAAUGAAAAAAAGCUUCAAGUUUCAGGUGUUCCUGAAUAUUAUUGUUGUGGUUCAUACAUUAUUGUUGAAUAAAACCAUUUUUUGGCAAAAUA